AUGGACGAAAGCGUUAAUAUUGUUAUGAAUGGAACCCAUAUCAAUGGAGCUAUGGAGGAUGGACAUUUGAAACGCAAUUCCCAUCCUUCCCCAAUGGCCGACAGUAAUCCAGGAUCGCCCAUUAUCAUGACAGAACCCAAACGAGCAAAGACAUCAGAAUUCGAUGAAGGAAGUCCAACAUCUAAAAGCACAGAAGUUACACAGUUCGAGUUCAACGAAAUGCUAUCAACCAUCUUGAAUGUCAUUCAAGAACUGGAUAAAUAUGAGAUCAUGUCUACAAUCGCUACUUCUGUUGUCAAUGGAGAGAAGGUUGAGAUUUCGAUCCAGACAAUGCAAUCAAAACUCAAGGAUGCUCAGUAUUCCAGUGUUCUUACUUUAAAGGAUGACAUUGGUAGGAUUUGCAGACAGGCUAUUACAGAUAAUUCUCAGAAUCCUGAAAUACAGGAGCAUGCACAGAAGUUACUGCAUCUUGCCUCAGACCUUAUCAAUGAUAAAUCUCACUACACAAUCCGAUCACACGGAAAGAAAGUUCGACCACGGGAAGAGAGUCAGGCUGUAGCAGCGCCAGGACGGGAUCAUGAAAAGGUAGCACUCUUUCAGAGAGGCCCUGAGGGCUUUGUGUUCACAAGCGCUGCUUUUGUAAAAGACGAAUCCCUGGAUCUGGAGGUUUCAACGACUGUGGUCGUCCCAACCCCAUCAAACCCCAAUCCCCCACUUUUAAAAGACGUCAAUACAAGGCCUAGGCCCAUGCCCCCAGCAGCAGAUGCGGCAAAGAGGAAGAGCACGGGAGUUGAAUUUUGUUCCUACACCCCUUUUACAUCCUUUGCUCCCUUCGUCGACUCUACCCAUGCGGAACUGGAUGCAGAAGACACAUCGACUGCAUAUGAUUCGCUUUUGACUAGGGUUGCCCAAAAAUCAAAAGCAAGCGCUGCGGAAUUGGAGGAACAGCGCAAGGCAAAGUCCUCUUUAGACAGCAUAUUAGAGUUUGCUCAGCAAUAUCAGGAAACUGAAAACACUGUUAUUCUUAAGGAAGAGGAUCUGAAUUUCUUAGUAGAGGAGGGUUUGGAUCUUAAAAAAUUACUAGAUGCGGCCAACUCUGGUAAGGCGGAUAAUGAGAAGCUUACGCCUCUUGAGGCAAUUCAGAAGAAUGCCAUCUUGCUAUAUGAGUUACACAAGCUGCAAGACGAGAGAUUUGCAUCGAAAGAUCAGACCGUCAGUGCUCGAGAGAAGGAGAUCGCGGCGACUCUGCGUAACUCUUUAAUGGAACUGGUUAGUCAGGCGACACCAUCCAUGCUCGUAACAUCACAGGCGAUUGAAGACACCAUGAAGCGAAUUCCUUACAAGGAAACUGCUUUUUCAGGAACAUUACCUCCCAAUAAGCCAUUUGCAUUUCCCACCAAUGUGGUGCGCAAUGGACUUCCGCCAAAUGCAACAGGGUUUCCUGUUCAUAAUCUCAUGGGCAACAAAAAGUCUGCACCAUCAACUUUCAUCAUACCCCAAGUGGCAUUAUCUCCCCAUAUCAACAUGACAGGGGGCUAUCCUAAUAUCCCACAAUCAAACCAACAUCAUGCUUAUGCCAUCCCUCAGCAACCUACUCAUCAAAAGACAUAUUCUCGACCUCGUGCAUCAAACGCUAAUAACACACCAACUCCUGUGCAAGUCAGCUCAAAUGGCGAUGUUACUUUCAGAAAAAACUUUCAUACUGUUGUAACCUCUGAAGGCGGAACACCUGCACAUUGGAGGCGGAAUGAUUCUCAGAUCCCCUGUGCCAAUUGCGGUACCCUUGUCUCACCUAUCUGGCGCCUUGGUGCUCGUAAUGAAAAAUUGUGUAAUGCAUGUGGACAAUAUAACAAAAAAUGGAACGGGUUACAACGGCCUGUAUCACUCUUCCCAAACACACAAACACCAACAUUUAGAAAGUAG